AUGUCUAACUUCCCAAGAGGCAAUCUAUCCCCUGGUGAUCCUGGUUACUAUGAUUCCAAUUCCGAGAUGAUAUACGUUCCUGUCGGCGUCUUCCUGGCUAUCUGUCCCAUCAUUGUCGGUACCCGAAUAUGGUCGAGGUUGGGAAACGGAGGACAUCUUGGCGCUGAUGACUGGACUAUUCUAAUAUCACUUGGGUUCGCCCUGGCUUCGAGCGGAAUCAUGCUUUUGGCCUGUCAUUACGGUUAUGGAAGACAUACUUACAGUUUGUCCGGUCCUGAUAAAUACCAAGCUUUUAAGUACUUCUACCUCUGCCAGGUGACUUACAAAACCUGUAUCAACCUAACAAAGGCGUCAAUCCUUCUACUCUACCUGAGAAUCUUUAGCAAUACCAAGUGGUUUAGGUGUGCGUGCCGCUUUAUGCUACUGAUUGUGAUCAUGUACUGCAUCGCAUCGGUUACGGCGACGAUAUUCCAAUGCACCCCGAUUACCAAGGCGUUCGACAAGUCUAUAAAGGGCACCUGUAUAGACAAUGGAAAGUUCUGGUACGCCAACUCUGGCUUCUCAAUCGCGACCGAUAUCAUCAUUCUUACUCUCCCUAUGACUCUCGUCUACGCAUUGCAGAUACCUAGAGUCCAAAAAGCUGCCUUGAUGAUCGUCUUUGCUCUCGGUGUAUUCGUGGUUAUCACUUCUUGUCUAAGAGUGACAACCAUAGAUAUGCAAGCAAGGACACCAGACCCAACUUACGACAUUGCCUCUACCAUGUGGACCAUCAUCGAGAUGAACGUAGCGCUCGUGUGUGCUUGUCUUCCGCAGAUCCGUCCCCUGAUUAUCAAGUGGUUCCCAAAAUUGAUGCCUACCUACUACUCCAAUUCUCGUGAUAAUUCGGACAAACGCGCCGCUUACACUAGCAGUGGCUUGCCAAAGUCCUAUCCGAGUAGCAGCGAGAGUCACUCCAAGUCGGAAGAGGAUAAAUGGGCGCGCAUCAACAACGGUAAAAUUGGAUACGAGGGCGCCAAUCUAGCCAAUUUUCGUAGGGCCGAUUCCAGCUCAGAAGAGUAUACGCUACACGAGGAAAAGGGACUUCAAAUACAGAAGACUGUACAGUACACCGUCGAGUACUCGCCGGAUGGUAAGCGCGACCCGUAUAUUGGAUCGAUGAUAUGA